CGUGCAGGAGCUAAACUUUACCCAAGAUCCACAAGGACUUUUAAGAUUAGCCUGAGAAAAGGAGAGCACAGUGACCACAAUGCUGCCGGACAUAAGAGCUGACAUGAUACAAGGGCAGGGGGUUAGAAACAAGCCGGUUCUCACAAAGUUCAGAAGCAGUUCAAUGGAAACUCCAAAGAUGAAAAUCUCACUCAAGCAGAGAGGUGAAAGAAGUGACAAGUGGAAUAAACAUUUACUUGGAGUCUAUUACUGCUCUUCUGGGUGUUGAGGCUACAGCAGUGAAGAGGACAAAAAGCCCAGUAACAGCGCCCGGGAUGCCGACUGAAGGAAUCAAUGCAAGAAAAAACGACUAGACGGAUGAAUGAAAGAGCGGCGAAAAGAGGGCAGAAACCUCAAGAAGGUGGUUCCGCGACUCCUGAAACAGACCUCCCGGCGGGAGCACAUGGGGAAACCGGGGGAGAGCCCGCCGGGCACUGGAGGCUGCGGCGGAGACCGGGUGGGGGCUCCCCACGGGCAACCGCGAAGCGCCCCGUCGCGCCUCGAGGGAGCGUCACACCGGACAGGAAGCGCGGUGACGGAGGGAGGGGGGCGCCAAGGGACGCGCCGCCGGGAGAGGGAAGGGAAGAAGGGCCGGGUGAGGAAACCGGAGGCCGGCGCCUAGGGAAAGCGGGAGGCACCGGCCCCCCUUUUACAGAAGUCGCCUCAUAUCCCCGCGCGCGCGGGGACCGUUUGGCCGUAACCGCCUCCCGUCCCGGCGCCCGUACACCUAGCCGGCUUUCGCCCUGCCACUGCCGCCACAUCUCGCCCUCAACUCCCGCCCCGGCUUGCGCUUGGCUUGAACCCCGCGCCUCAGUCAUCCCCGCCGACUCGGCCCGCUCCGCACCUCACACACGGACCGCCAGCGGCAGCCGCCAUCUUCGCGCGCGCGCGUGCCCCAGCCCCGCCCCCAGACGCCACGCCCACGUGACAGCGCGCUUCCAGGGCGUGGACCGGGUUUUCGUCACGUGA